GCUCUCUCAGCACAGACUCCUGGCACAAACAGGCUCCUUAGGUCUUCAGGAUGCCUGUCCCUGCCUCUGGACCCCACCUUGCUCCUUCUUUCCUGUUGCUGAUGCUACUGCUGGGACUCUCAGGACCCAUAAGGAUGAUGAAUAGCUGCUUCGUGUUCCCUCCAGGAGCGGCAGGUCAGGAGCUGCAGGUGAUUCAGCCUGACACGGCAGUGUCCGUUGCACUGGGGAGAGCCGGGGAGUCGGCCACUCUGCGCUGCACUGUGACCUCUCUGCUUCCCCUCGGGCCCAUUCAGUGGUUCAAGGGGGAAAGGACAGACCGGCAGUUGAUCUAUAAAUUACGAGGAGGCCCCUUCCCCCGAGUAACACCCGUGGCAGACAUCACAAAAAGAAACAACACGGACUUUUCCAUCCGCAUUAGUGACAUCACCCCCGCAGACGCCGGCACAUACUACUGUGUGAAGUACAGGAGAGAGACUUCAGGGGACAUGGAGUUUAAGUCUGGACGAGGCACGGAGCUGUCUGUGCAUGCCAAGCCCUCUGUCCCCGUGGUAUUGGGCCCUGCGGCGAGGGCCACGCCUGCGCACACGGUGAUCUUCACCUGCGAGUCCCAUGGCUUCUCCCCCCGCGACAUCUCCCUGCGAUGGUACAAAAAUGGGAAUGAGCUCUCAGACGUCCAGACCACUGUGGACCCCGCAGGAAAAAGCGUCUCCUACAAUGUCUCCAGCACGGCCAGUGUGGUGCUGGCCCCCAGGGACGUGUGCUCUCAGAUCAUCUGCGAGGUGGCCCAUGUCACCCUUCAGGGAGGCUCUCUUCUCCGUGGGACUGCAAACUUGUCUGAGACCAUCCGAGUUCCUCCCACCAUGGAGGUCACCCAGCACCCCAUGAUGGCGGCAGGGAACCAGGUGAAUGUUACCUGCCAUGUGGAGAAGUUCUACCCCCAGAGCCUACAGCUGACCUGGCUGGAGAAUGGAAAGGUGUCCAGAACAGAAACAGCCUCGACCCUCACAGAGAACAAGGAUGGGACCUAUAACCUGACCAGCUGGCUCCUGGUGAACUCGUCUGCCCACAGGGAGGGCGUGGUGCUCACCUGCCAGGUGGAGCAUGACGAGCAGCCUGCGGUCAGCAGAAGCCAUACGCUCAAGGUCUCUGCCCACCAGAAGGGCACACACACCUCCCCAG